AUGCCAGCCAUGGAUCUUGACCACAACGACGUCGCCCAUGCCGCCGACAACAUCUCCCCUAGACGCACCUUCACCAUGAGCCCGCCAGGCACUGCCGCCGAGCCCUUGUCAGCUAUCCUCAAGAGCGACCUGAUGAAGAACAAGAGAAAGAAGAAGAAGAACAAGGGCGGCAUGGCUCCUGCUGCGCCCGCCCAAAAUGUUAUAAGAGGUUUCGAGACACCCAUUACUUCUGGCGGGGAAGAGUCGGAUGCUUCGACUUGCCCUUCGCCGCUCAUGACUCCACGCAUGCGUGGUAUGAAUGGAGCUGCCAACAGCCCUCGACUCAGUGCCUCAAAUGGCUCGGGCAUCAGUGCUCUGAAGACGCAACUCGACGCUCUCACCAUCGGCCGCCCCUCUCCUGCCCCGUCCAUGUCGCGUGAGAACAGCAACAACUCGUACUUCGACAGCACUCCGACCAUGUCCUCGGCCGCUAGCGAUGUCGAUGCGAAAGAGCUGGAGACAUAUCAGAUCGACCUCGAGCACGACUUCAUUAGCGCCGACGCCGACGCGAGUGCUAAGCCUCAGCCUACUCUGGCCGUCGAGGGCGGCCUACGCACCGAGUCGCUUUUGCGCAAGAUGACGGCCGAGGACUUCGAGACGCUCAAGUGCCUGGGCAAGGGAGCCUUUGGCACUGUCCAUCUGGUCAAGCAACGUGCCACUGGCCGUCUGUUUGCUCAAAAGCAGUUCCGCAAGGCCUCUCUGACCGUUCACAAACGUCUCAUAGACCAGACUCGUACCGAGCGCAGUAUCCUCGAGAGCGUCAACCGUCAUCCCUUUGUCGUCAAACUCUUUUACGCCUUCCAGGAUCAUGAGAGACUCUACCUAAUCCUCGAGUAUGCCCAAGGAGGGGAGCUCUUCACCCACUUGGCUAUGGAGCGCAUGUUCUCCGAAGAGGUUGCCUCUUUCUACAUGGCUGAAAUGGUCCUCGCUCUUGAGCACUUGCACCGCAACGUUCGUGUAGUCUAUCGUGACCUCAAGCCAGAAAACUGCUUGCUGGAUUCUGACGGUCAUCUGCUUCUCACUGACUUUGGCCUUUCCAAGGUGGCUCUUGAAGAUGACUCGUGCAGCUCAUUCCUCGGAACUGUCGAAUACAUGGCCCCCGAAGUUGUCCAAGGCACUGCUUACGGCUUUGCUGUUGAUUGGUGGUCGCUCGGCGCCAUUGGCUUUGAUUUGCUCACUGGCUCACCUCCUUUUGGCGGCAACAACAACGCAAAGAUCCAACAAAAUAUCCUGAAGCAGAAAUUGCAAAUGCCCUAUUUCCUCGGCCCUGACUCCAAAGAUCUACUUACCCGUCUCUUGCGCAAGGAAACUAGCAAGCGUCUCGGUGCCAAUAUGCCAAAGGAUCUGGACAUCAUCAAGAAGCACCGCUUCUUCCGUAGGAUUGACUGGAAGAAACUCGCAAAGCGCGAGUUGGAACCUCCCAUCCGCCCUCUCAUUACCGAUCCAGAAUUGGCUGAGAACUUUGCGAAGGAAUUCACAGACUUGCCAAUGUCUCCAGUAGAUGAAAGAAAGUCUACCAUCAUGCAGGAUUCCACCAUGACAGGCAUGGAGAUCGCAACAAAAGAGCUCGAGUUCGGCUCGAACCCAUUCGGAGGCUUCAGCUUUGUCGCAAGCCAGAGUCUGCUUGACAAGGUUGAGUUCAUGUAA